CGCCAUCCGUAGUCUAAAGACUAAGGUCGUUGUUACAACGCGUUCUAAUCAAUUGAAUUAUUAUUUUGAAUUAUUGAAUCUAAACAGAAUUUAAAUAAAAAUCUACAUUAUAAAGAAUUUUCGAAAUCAAAUACUGACAUGGUACAAGACAGGAUUUUGGUAAAAUGUGGAGGCUUUACCUCACAACUUGUAAAAUAUGUUGGAAAUAAAGUCGACGGAGAUCCUCUAUGGGGUUCACGUUUCGAUUUGGAAAAUCCAGAGGCCGUGAUUAGAACACAUUUGGACUUUCUGGAAAAUGGAGCCCAAAUCAUUUCAUCGAAUACAUAUCAAGCCAGUGUCGAAGGUUAUAUGAAAUAUUUGAACCUCAACAGAGAUCAAAGUAUUCAACUUAUACGCAAAAGUGUUAAAUUGGCCAAAGAAGCCAGAGAAAGAUAUCUAGAUAAUCUCAAAGCCACAAGUGGGGCUUGCAAUGAAACCAUUUUGGUUAUGGGUGCUGUGGGACCCUAUGGCGCUGUCUUACAUGAUGGUUCCGAGUAUUCCGGAAAUUACACAGAUAUAAUAACCAAAGAAGAAUUACAAAAUUUCCAUCGCACACGCAUAGAUGCAUUACUGGCCGAAAAUGUUGAUGGUUUAGCCAUUGAAACUAUGCCAAGUCAAAAAGAAGCCGAAGCUGUUACAGAAAUGCUUCUCAAAGAUUAUGCCAAUGUUAAAUUUUGGAUAUCAUUUCAAUGUAAAGAUGAUCAACAUUUAGCCCACGGUGAAAAGUUUGCCAACGCUGCUAAAACCGUAUGGGAUAUGGUAAGAAGGCAAUAUGGUGCUAAGGCGCGUGAAUAUAUUUAUGGAAUUGGUGUGAAUUGUGUUAAUCCCAAGUUUGUCUCGAAUCUCUUCAAAUCCUUACACAGUCUACUGGGUAAUGAAGAUAUUCCCCCAUUGAUGGUCUACAGUAAUAGUGGCGAAAUAUAUGACACAUCUAAAGGCGAAUGGACUGGCCGAGACAAUUGUAUACCCAUGAAAAUGUUUGUUCGUGAAUGGAUACGUUUGGGAGCUUCAAUAAUUGGCGGGUGCUGUCGUGUAUAUCCCGAAGAUAUUUACCAAGUACGGCACUUAAUCAAUAGCUUUUCGAAUUAAUUACAUAAUUAAAGAGUACUUUAGCAAAUAAAGAUUUAUACUGAAAGCUUGUACAAAAAAGUUUUAAAAUAAAAAUAAAUAUUUUUUGGAUGCAGAUUGCCGGCGUCAUGGAAUGAGCCACAAUUCGUUUAUGUUAAUGUUGUAUUUCUAUUUUUUUAUUCAGUUACCUAAGGGAUACAUUACACUUCAGUGACAACGCAUAUAAUAAAUGAAUUUAUAU